GUUCGAAUCUCAAACACAUUCUCUCUCGGUCUCUCCUUUCCUUUCCUCCAUGAAUUUCAAACCAUUUCUUUGUGUCUACUAAUCUCUGGAGAUAGAGAUAGAGAGAGAGAGUGUGGGUGAUUUCUUCUUCGACGGCCAUGGCAGUAAACUAAUUGGAGCCUCAACACUUUGUAAUCACCAGAAAUUGAAGAUUUGAAUCUGCUUCUCUCGUUGUGAUUCCGUUCAACGCUGUAGCAAAUUCGGAGAUGCAGUUGAGAUCCAGCCAUGGACAGGGAGGCUAACCUUCCGGUCCCACCGGAUAAACCUCCGAAGAGUAUGGUCCGCCCCACCUUAAACCAGGAAUCGUCGUCUUCUUCUUCUUCCUCGCCUGAACUUAUACGCCAUCUUCAAGCCGCUUUCAAGCGCCACCGCCCACUCAAUAAAAUGCAGACGAGUACUAUAGGGCCUCGGCGAAGUGUUGUUCCGCAACGACAACCUUCAAGAAGUUCCCGUUUGGAAACAGUUUCUACAGCUGAAGGGCCGAAAUCUCAGGAUGUUGUUACGCUGAGUCAGAGUCUUGCUGCCAACACUUUGACACAGGAUUCAAGAAACUUAGCCACUUCUGUUGCUGGAGAAUCUAUAGAGAAUGCGUCCAUUACGCCUCCUUCGCUUUCAGGAACUAUGUUUGGCGAGAAUUUCAACCCAUCAGACAGACAGAUGGAUUUGACAAAACCUCCUGCUUUUGCUAGUUUAGAAAGCAAUCUGGAUGUUGUAGGAUCUCGGAACGAAAAUGCACACAAAAAGGUCCAAUCUCUCAUUGGCAGCACCCUCACAUCUCAUGAUAUGGAAUGGGAUGCAACCAAUCAGGCAGAAGCAUCAAAUCUUGGUGCUCGUAAACAUCAGAAUCUCCAAUCUGUUGACUCUGAGAUCAGUUUGAAAUCUGAAUACAGGGUUUCAUCAUCAUUGGCAAAGAUGCAGGGUCAGCUGGGAGAAUUUCGCAACUUCUUGAAUCAACCUGCAUCUCAAUGUUCUGUCAUGGGGUCAUCAUGUGCCACAACUACGUUAAUUCAUUCGUCUUCAGCUCCUAUGUUAAACGCGACUACCCAAGUCUCUCGUUCUUAUGUUGAGGCUGAUCAGAAUGUAAAUGCCCAUGCUGUUCAAACUCAAGGGAACUUGCCUUCUUUUCAUCCUUCUUCCAAGGACAACAACAUUCUGCAUGUCAAUAAGGAUGCUCCUUUAUCUGAGAUGCCAAGCUCAGCUAUGGAUCCAGAAGUAAGAGUGAAGGAGACAAAUAUGUCUAAGCAUCAACAGUGCACCACAGAAAUUGAAGUUCCAGUGGCAUCUUCCAGUCAGUCUAAUGCUCGUCUACCUGAUGAGUUGCAUACCAGUGUUAGCUCGCAGCCACAAAAACCAGAUAAGCAUGAAAAGGUCGCAAGUAGCAAAGGGACAUCCGCGCCUCGUAAAAAAAAUUAUGAUCCAGACUUGUUCUUUAAAGUCAACGGGAAGCUCUAUCAGAGGCUUGGCAAGAUAGGAAGCGGAGGAAGCAGUGAGGUCCACAAGGUUAUUUCUUCGGAUUGUACCAUAUAUGCUCUCAAAAAAAUCAAGCUCAAGGGUCGUGACUAUGCUACGGCAUAUGGAUUUUGCCAAGAAAUUGGAUAUUUAAAGAAGCUGAAAGGGAAAACCAACAUCAUUCAGCUAGUAGACUAUGAGGUCACGGAUAAGACUUUACUCCAGGAGGUUUUGAAUGGCACAAUGAUCAACAAAGAUGGAAGAGUUAAGGACGAUGGAUUUAUAUAUAUGGUACUAGAAUAUGGAGAAAUCGAUCUGGCUCACAUGUUGUCCCAAAAAUGGAAGGAAAUUGAAGGAUCUGACCGGACAAUUGAUGAAAAUUGGCUUCGGUUUUACUGGCAGCAAAUACUUCAAGCUGUGAACACCAUACAUGAGGAACGAAUUGUGCACUCUGAUUUGAAACCUGCAAAUUUUCUUCUUGUCAGAGGCUUUUUAAAGCUUAUUGAUUUUGGUAUCGCCAAGGCCAUUAAUAGCGACACUACGAAUAUUCAACGAGAUUCACAGGUGGGGACUUUGAGUUACAUGUCACCAGAAGCAUUCAUGUGCAACGAAAGCGAUGAAAAUGGAAACACUAUAAAAUGUGGAAGGCCAUCAGAUAUUUGGUCACUUGGUUGCAUACUUUACCAGAUGGUGUAUGGAAGGACACCUUUUGCAGAUUAUAAGACCUUCUGGGCAAAGUUCAAAGUCAUAACCGAUCCAAACCAUGAGAUUACUUACAAUCAACUCUCGAACCCGUGGCUUAUCGACCUAAUGAAGAAAUGUCUAGCUUGGGACCGUAAUCAAAGAUGGAGAAUCCCUGAGCUUCUCCAACAUCCUUUCCUUGCCCCGCCUAUUCCACCUGAGCCUCGAGUCCGAAACAUUCAACUGCUCAGUCACAUAGCUGAGUCUUCUGGUAGUGAUGACCAUAAAGCCAUUCCUCAGCUUGAGCAACUGCUUAUAGAUCCUGUUCCUCUUCCAAGAAAUGAUCUGUUAGAACUUUGUGUUCAACUCCAGGAUCGUUUACGAGGUCUUGAAGGAGAAAAACAGUAAGUAGUAGUUGUCUGAUUGAUUCUAAGGUUUUUUUUUGGGAUCCUGUAAAUUGGUAUGUUAAUUGUUAGCAUUGGAAGAGGAGACGUUUGCUUAUAGUGUGUCUUGUUUGAUUUCUUGUGUAAUGGAAUGGUAUCAUUUUAGUC